GUCAACGCAGCCACCAUCGACGGGAUCACUCCUCUGUUUAACGCCUGCUGCAGUGGCAGCGUGGCCUGUGUCAACAUGCUGCUCGAAUUCGGAGCCAAGCCGCAGCUCAGGAACCACCUUGCUUCACCCAUUCACGAAGCAGUCAAGAGAGGCCACAGGGAGUGCAUGGAGAUCCUUCUGGCUCACGAGGUUGACAUUGACCAAGAAGACUUGCAGCAUGGGACCCCGCUCUAUGUGGCUUGCACAUACCAGAGGACAGACUGCGUCAAGAAGCUUUUGGAGCUAGGAGCCAACGUUAACAGGGGGAAGCGGUUAGACACCCCCCUCCACGCAGCAGCAAGGAAAUCCAGCGCGGAGGUAGUCAUCUUGCUGACAGACUAUGGUGCUAACCUGAAAUGCAGAAAUGCUGAACUCAAAUGUGCCCUGGAUCUUGCCGUACCCAACAGCAAAGUGGAGCAGGCGCUUCUGCUGCGAGAAGGUCCUGCCAGCCUUGCCCAGCUGUGCCGGCUGUGUAUCAGAAAGCAUCUGGGUCGGUCGUGCCUAUAUGCAGUCCACAAGCUGCACCUGCCUGAGCCACUUGAGAACUUUCUCCUUUAUCGAUAA